GAGCUAGACUAGUACACCAGCACAUUCCACUCUACGCGGCCGUCGUUGUCCCUCGGUCGUAGUGCAUUUAGUGAAGCAUUUCUCUAGGAGUGAGUGCAUGUUGAGCAAACUGUCAGUUUCAUUGACAAACAGCUGUGACUAUCAAAGCGACUAUGAAAUAAAAUGAAAUUUAGGUAAUUGAACUUCUGAUUAGUGCUUGAUGGACUGUCUGGUUAAGUCUGCUCGGGCCUUUGCCAGUUAUUCAUUGCCCGGCUUAUUAAGGUCCUGUCAGAUAACCAAGGAGCAAGUGAGGCUGCUUCUAUUCAAAGAGUGCGACUGGCGAGGGCGGAAGAUCCUCUUUGAUUCGUCCACCAUCGAGAGGGUCCCAGCUGGCAAACAUGACAAGCCCAACCGACAGACUGAUGAUGCACCAUGCAUUGUGGAGAUCUCAAAUGGAUACGCUUAUGUGUACAAAGGUCCGGCGACGGACGCGGGUGUUCUCGGCGAGAUGAUAUUCGGAGCAGUGGCCAUGAACUACAGAGGUCUCUCGCUCAAGAUACACGUCAUGGAUGACCCUAAGAGGUUGAUGUAUACAAAAGUAUUCUGUGUGCCGGCAUCGCGGCGUAUAAGUCGAGUGGAGAGAAAGACGAGUGACAUGAGCAGCAGUGGAGACAUCAGGAACAGUUCCAAGCCUCUGAGCGUGCCGGUGUUGGGCGAAGGAGUGGCGCUUAGUUUCUCGCUUGAUAGGGGAGAUUCAGGAUAUUGUGGGGACCAAUCACCGUACAGCAGUGUCAGUUCAACGUACGAUUACUUCUCAAUGUUCGAUAUUUGGGAUGAGAACACCAGCCAGGAUGAUAUCUUCUUUCAUUCGCCACCUGGCCGCAAGUUGAGCACUUCAAGCAAUGGCAGUUGGCAGCGAAGAACGUUCCAGAAUAUCGCGACCAGGUUCGAGCUAGGUCAUCGACCCUCCAGCAGUUCCAACCUUUUGAGCGUACCCACCAACGCUACCAAUGAUUCACAGGUGUUCAGUACAACGAGCGGCACGAAUGACAGUCUCGUCAGUUCCGGAGUGAACCUUCCUCAGAGGAAAAGCAAGCUCGGGCUAGCUCUGCUAAUCACUGUUAGCGAUUGUGCUGAGAUGGACGAAGUGCGGCGAUGCGUGGAGCUCUCCCCGCAACUACAAGCGCUGAUCUGCCGGAUGCGGCUGGCGACCCUCGCUGCCGGCACCGGAAACAACUUCGUGUCCACGCUGCAUGACGCCUCCACAGACGCUGCCAGAUGGUUAACAGAUCUUCUCUACGGGCCUAGAGUCCAGCCGGCGUGGCUGUCCUUAGUAACGAGUGAGCCGCGAGUCAGUACUAAGAUGGCGGACACUCUUCUAGCGGACAUUUGUUCCGUGCUCUCUGUUGGGGACACUAAACACACCAACUUCUUCAUCAGCACACUUGUAACGCACGUGCUGACGUACCAUCUGGGGUGGGUGACGACCGUUAGUCCGUAUGACACUCUCGACCCUCUAAAGCAGACCCCGCCGGCAGAAGCGCGGAGGCCUUACAACGCUUUAUGGGCCCAACUCAGCGAUCUAUGUGGCUCUAUAGGAUUCCCCCCACGCACCGCUCGCACCGUCAUCAGCGGCACAACCAACUCUCAGUUCAUCAACAGACUCCUAGGCGUCCUAACCUACUUCGUCCGCUCCGGAGACGUCAAAAGAAGCGAGUUUAAAUACGAAGACUGUCCGGUCAAAGAAACCAAAGUAAUCAACGUGGAUCCGCCUGAAAUAGUAGCUUUAAAGAGGACUGACAUCGUAAACAAUGAUAUCAGCGCGAACAGUCUGAUCGUACCGUCAUUAAAUACUCAGAGUAGUGAUAAUAGUGUGAGCACGCUGGUAGCGAGCGACGUGAGCAUGAAGCGGUCGGUGACGCUGGGCGACCUGGGCGACAUGCGGCCCGAAGUGGUCGGUGACGCGCUGGGUGGGAGCCCGCGUCCAGCCCGCGCCCUCAGCGGCCUCAAACGCAACCCUACCUGUCUAGCCCCUCUAAAAUUUCCCUCCGACUCCAGCCUUAGCUCGACCGAGUCGGAACCGGAACAAAAAGUCCUCUUCGUCCUUGGCGAUGACGAAAAACUCGUCGGUCUCAAAAACAAAUCUAUAGAUGGCAAGAGCGUGAAGAAAUCGUCCAAACUCCCCGACGAGCCGGCCGAGGUUCCAGCUGCUCGGAAGGAGGAUGACCCGAAGACUGAAGUCUGUUCCGAACGGAGCUGCGACAGAUCCUCGAAGAGUUCCGAGAGUCCCUCCAAGUGCUGCGGACAGACGCUUCAACAUUCCAAACCGAUAAAACAUUCCGGAUUUAAGUUCGAGUUCGAUAAGUACCCUCAGAUAGUCACUAAUUAUAUGAAGAGCAAAAACUUAGAGAUUCUAGAUAGACAUUAUAUCGGUAAACCGGGUAAUCUGAAGCUGGCGAACUUCCAGUUUGACCCAACGGUGGUGCCGCCGAUCCAGGAGGAACGGUGCGAGACCUGCUACAAGUGCCAGCAGAUGGAGUCGAUGUUGCAGACGCCGACGAACGCUUCCGAGAUGGAAUAUAUGAACGACAUGCCGCGUCACUCCGAGCCUCAGUACGCUCAGGAAACUAUCGUCACCGAGACGGACAAUAACCAUCGGGAGGUGACUCCAAAGACGUUCGUGAGAAAGCGGAAAGAGAACACAAUCGUUGUGAAUGUGAGGAGGCAGUUGGAAUCGCCGCCGCGAGUGUCUGUGGAGGCUCCGAAGGCAGAGGAAGAUAUCGGAAAAGAGAAAGAGAAGGACAGAGAGAGGGAGAAGGAGCAGGAUACGGCGGUGCGUGUGAGACAGGUGUUGGAGUUCCCAAUGCCGCGCGUUUCGUCGACGACGCCGCUCAGUUCCGGUUUCGACGCCACCCUGCUUGGCGGUGUCACUGACCACUAUGUACCUGAUCUCAUUUUACAAGGAAUAAACGUGCAACCCAAAGUGUGGGAAGCGGAGUUGUGUCGGGAUCUAGAACUGACGUCUUACCUCAACAAGAAUGUGGACCCGCCGAUGCAAGCGGUCGCUAUAGUUGGGGAUACUAAUACUUGGGAGGUACGCGUGGUGGGGCGCGAGUGCGGCGCAGGCGGCAUGGCGCCGCUGGUGGGCGCCGUGCUGGACGCGCUGCCCGCCAUGCGCCGCGCCAGGGUGCCAGCACACCAGUGCCUAUCCUUCCUCGAGGGAAAGCUACGGGAGUUCUGCGUGCUCUCAAAGACGCUAGCUGACAUGUUGAUGUCAACCGACUUCUGUGAUAUAGACACGCUCACGAAGUCCCUCAACAUAGACGUGAAUGAUGUACCGUUGCUGUUAGCUGUCGCCACAACACACACUCCGCAGGUCGCCACCAGAUACGGUAUCAGCUAUAGGUAGUCACAGGUAGGAGUAUCGAGAAGUUCGAAGUUUGGUUAUAAUGUUAUGAGAUAUUUAGGAGGCUUUCAUAUUGAAAGUACAAUGCUCAAAAGUUAAUGCACGCAAUAAAAUAAAUGAGGUAAUUAGGUACUUUCCAAGGUCAAAGAUAAAUUAUGAAAUUCCGAUAUUGAGCGAUGCUCACAACAGAAAAGACAAAUAAUGUAUUUGAAGUCUUGAUAGACAGAAACCACGGAAUAGAAGACAGAGGUUGGAAGGGCCAAGUGAGCGUGAAAUGUGCGCCAUACAAGUAUGAGCAAAUAGUUCAUACUUCCACUUUGCACUCCACUCAUCCGCUAACUUUAAGACUCACGGAGCUACGCGAUAGUAUAUUAAGAGUUCGUUUUGUGCAUUAUAACCCGCAGGCCAGAAACUCUUACGAAAAGUUAAUGAUAAAAUAGCAGCAUAUCACAUAAAAUAUACAUUGCCGGUAAAGUGGCUAUGGAAUUUGCAGCAGCAGCAGAAGCAGUAGAGCUGUCGUAGUUAUGUGGUGGUAGGAGUACCUAGUAGUAAAAGAGAGCGCGGUUGAACCGGCGACAGGGCUUCUCAUACAAAUGCGUGUUAAGCUCAUGCCAUGCAGAAGAAACUGCCCCCCCCAUGUAAUUCUGGAAUGCACGGGAGUGUCAGCACAACGGGUAAAAAUCCUCAAAGGAAUGGGGUCGCUCCGCGAAGCCUGUGAAAACCCCAGGAGGCUUCUGAACUUCUGGAAGGAGUUAGGUUGGCUUGCGUAGUCAACAACAACAUAAUGGGCCAUAUUAGAGUCUAAAUGCGGAAAACAGAGUCCACUAACUAACUAGGGUCAUACCAUCUUUUUUCUUCUGUUCCGUGAUAGAAACAGACAGUGCGCAGUGGGGUGCCCCGCGAGAGCGUAGGAAUCGACGUCGAAGUAUGGUAUGAGUCAUACUCGUGGUUCUAAUUUAAUCCGGCGCACAAUUAUUUUUAUUUUUUUAAUAAUUUUCUAAGUUGUUUUUUCUGUAUGUAACCACCAGAUUUCGAACUUCACUACACUGUUAUACUCAAGUUCAUGUACCCAGUGUACAGUCAUGAGCAAUAUAAUGUACCCACUUUAGGACUCUGUCGCACUAACUAACAUAUUUGACAUUUAGUGAGACUUACAGUUCAAUUUGUCAAAAAAGUUAAUGUGACAUGGUACCAAAGUGUAUACAUAUUAAUGCUCGUGACCGUAAAGGGAACAAAAGUAUCAUUAGCAACACGCUAGAAAUUAGACAUCAUUAAUUUAUUAUUAUGGUUUAUUUAAUGUAAUAUAAUAUAUUAUAUAAUGUUAUAAAAAUGCUGCCUACAGUACGAGUUUCAUGUUGUUUUAAAACUACAGAUACGCGUAAAACUUAUUUUAAAUGAAAUGUAUAGUUAUAUAUAAAUAUAAAAUAUAUCGUAUAGGGCAAUCAAUUUGUGUAAAGUUAUUCUGAAACUAUACCUUAAGUCGUUUAGACUAUAUGUCAAGUUAGGUAUCGGCUUGUCUCACAUUGUAUAAAGUCUUUAAAGCUAUGCUUAGUAUUUAUCUUACUCCGCCCGGCACAGUCGUGAGCAAUAUAAUGUACCCACUUUAGGACUCUGUCGCACUAACAUAUUUGACAUUUAGUGAGACUUACAGUUCAAUUUGUCAAAAAAGUUAAUGUAACAUGGUACCAAAGUACAUAUUAAAAGUACAUGGUACAUAUUAAUGCUCGUGACCGUACACACUUUAAUGCCUAUUUUUACUUAGAAUACUGAAAUAAUGAAAAUAAUUCAGGGCAGGCAUACACAUUGUUACUUUUUAAAAGUACACUCGUAAAUGUACCUUAUUUAUUAGCGUGUAAAAUAUACGUUAAGUGCAUAAUAGUGAACUUGUCAUAUUUAUUGUCAUACAUUAUCGUGUAUAUUAAGUUAAUAUUAAUAUUUAUGUACUCGUACCUAUAGUAUCGCACAGUGUUCAAUUAUUUACAAUUUAUCACUAUUAUAAAAAUAUCACAUUUUGUCAACUUAUAUAGUUUUAAUUUACGCAUUAAAAGAUCGGGAUAGAUAAUAUAGAUAAGCAAUGCAUUAUAUUUUUGGUCCGGUCGCUUAUUGCGUUAUAUUCAAUUUAUUUUGUUAUUAAAUAUAAUAUUGGAGCUAGGGGUCACUGCAGCGUGCCAGCAAAAUAUGGAUUUUUUUUAUAUUAUCUCUGUAAAAUACCAGGAUUUUGAGACCUCACAAAGAGAAAAACAAAACAUAACAAAAACCAAACACGCAACAAAAAAUAAUUAUGAGACCUUUAAUUCAUUUUAAUCAAUUAACGCUUUAUAAAAGUUAUUAUUGUCAUAGUCUGUUCAUAAAUCGGUGGUUAAUUUUUGCAGGCAAAAUAUAAAUUUUAUUUCAUUAUAAUAAGAGGACUGUUGAGAUUAUAUAUGCAUUAAGCAUGAUAAAAAUAUUUUAUUUUACUCUGUUCUUUGCCCUUUAAAUUUAAAUGUGCUACUUAUUAACAAUUCUGAAAUACACAGGGAGUUAGUGCCACCGUGCCGAAUACUGAGGGGAAUAAUUCAGCUCAUGAUUCUGAUUGAUCAUUUCAAGUGGAAUUUUCCGUCGCAAAAAAUUUAUAUUCAGUUCCAUACGGUGUCAGUAACGCCCUCUAAAUCACUGGCUGGGUCAGUAAUAUGUAGCAUUUUGCAAUAUUACACAUAACAUUAUGUGCAAUAAUUGCGCAUAUAGUGAAGUGUGGGUAUAUAUAUCUGCACAUUUUUAUUGUGAUAUAUAAAGAGCGCUUGGAUUGUGGUUAGGAGUUGGUCUAUAAGGCCGAUGUGAUAGUCUAAUAUGGAAACAUAGUGGCAUAAAGAAAAGUUGUUUUUUAUAUAAAUACUUUAUUUAUCAAUCACUGAAUAAAAAGAUUAUUUCUGAAAAUUUAAACUGAAAUUUCUUAACGGUUUACGCUAGUAAUAGCAUUCUGUGGUAAUGGGGAAAACGUGUUAUUUAUUUAUUUUUUAGUUAUUUAUGGUUCCUGGUAAAUAUUUUUCUAAGUUCUGUUUGUAUUUUAAACGGGUAUUGGGAAGCUAGCAGAUCGAAAGUCACCACAAAAGCGUUUGUAAUUAUUUCACUCAGUGAUAUACAGCUUUAUACAAGAGGCAUUCUAACUGACUUUGCUAUGUCUGUACCCGCCUUAAGUUUGCCAGUUCUUAAACACUUUAUUCGUCAUAAAAUACAAGUUUUUAGUGACACGGUAACGAAAACUUUCGGGGAAGAAUCAGGUCGUGAUUCUGAGUUGAUGAAAUGGAAUUUCCUGUCGGAAAAAUCAUGAUAAUUCUAGUAUUUCUUUUUUAAAAUAUUUUCAGUCCGAUAUUGUGCUGGAAGUUGCAUAGAACCCAAAUUUAAAACAAAAAUGACAAUUUAUUAAUAGCCAUCAAUGUAAAUCGAAUCCGUUCGCGUUGUUCUCUUUAAUAAUCAACAUAAACAUAAACGGCCUAUAUACGUCCCACUGCUGGGCACAGGCCUCCCCUCAAUCAACCGGAGGGGGGACGGAGCAUACUCCACCACGCUGCUCCAAUGCGGGUUGGUGGAGGUGUUUUUACGGCUAAUAGCCGGGACCAACGGCUUAACGUGCCCUCCGAAGCACGGAAUCAUCUUACUUUUUCGGACAAUCAGGUGAUUCAAGCCUGAAAAGUCCUUACCAAACAAAGGACAGUCUCACAAAGUGAUUUCGACAAUGUCCCCAUCGGGAAUCGAACCCGGACCUCCAGAUCGUGAGCCUAACGCUAGACCACGGAGGCUGUUUUGCUUUAAUAAUCAAAAUCUUAAUUAAAUAUUUCCGACAUGAAAAGCACCAUCCAUCAUUUUAUUGUGAUAUACAAAGGAAAAUGAAAAUGAAUGGUUUGUUUUGUGGGCAAUAAAGAAUUAUCAAUAGUACAAUCUUUUUCUUUCAAUUUAUUUUCACUAAAUCCUAAAUCUAAGUACAUGUUUCAACCAACUCGACGUUUAAUUUUGUUUCCGUUACGGUGUCUCUAAUACCCUGUAUAUUUAGCAGACAUAUAAUAUCCCGCAGUACCUCCGUCAUGUCACGUUUUAUAUUAUUCUAAUACAAGUACCUUAAUAUAAACCAAUAUAGCUAACAAAUUGUAUAAAAAGGUGAUAUGGAUAGUUAUUUUUCAGUUGUGAUGUCGUUUUGUAUGUAAAGUUAUAUUUUUUUAUACAUACAUUAAUUGAAUAAUAAAUAAA